AUGUCGUCGAACGCUACUCUUUCCACGCCCAGCAAUGGCGCACAGAUCAAGGCUUCGCGCACCCGCGGUGCCUCGCACAUCGACUUCAAGUCGGCCACCACUGGUGUAGCGGCCAAGGCCAUGCGCAACGAAAUCAACGCUCUGGUUUCGGGCAUCGAUGACCACGCCGUCCGCAAGGCCUUCGACGCCGAGAUGUCCAACUUCUUCACUCUUUUCAACCGCUACCUCGCCGAGAAGGCCAAGGGUGAGAAGCUCGUCUGGGACAAGAUCCAGCCACCUUCGCCUGAGCAGAUCACCCCCUACGACCAGCUCCGCCAGGCCACCGACCCGUCAAUCCUCAACAAGCUCGCCGUGCUCAAGCUCAACGGCGGUCUCGGUACCACGAUGGGCUGCACCGGUCCCAAGUCGGUCAUCGAGGUGCGCGAGGGCAUGACCUUCCUCGACUUGUCGGUGCGCCAGAUCGAGCACCUCAACAGCUCGCACAACGUCAACGUCCCCUUCAUCCUCAUGAACUCGUUCAACACGGACGACGACACUGCUCGCGUCAUCCAGAAGUACGCCAAUCACAACGUCGAGAUCCUCACCUUCAACCAGUCUCGCUACCCGCGUGUCAACAAGGAGUCGCUCCUCCCCUGCCCGCGCGCGGCCACGGACAACAAGAACCUCUGGUACCCUCCCGGCCACGGUGACUUGUUCGAUGCCAUGAACAACAGCGGUCUGCUCGAUCGCUUGAUCUCGGCUGGCAAAGAGUACCUCUUUGUCUCGAACGUUGACAACCUGGGUGCCGACGUCGACCUCAACAUCUACCAGCACAUGAUCGACACGCAGGCCGAGUUCAUCUCGGAGGUGACGGACAAGACCAAAGCAGACGUCAAGGGAGGUACCCUGAUCGACUACGAGGGCACAAUCCGCCUGCUCGAGAUUGCCCAGGUGCCGUCGGAGCACGUGGAGGACUUCAAGUCGAUCAAGAAGUUCAAGAUCUUCAACACGAACAACCUGUGGCUCAACUUGCGCGCUGUCAAGCGUGUUCUCGAGAACGAGGAGCUCGACCUGGAGAUCAUCGUCAACAACAAGGCGCUUGAUUCGGGCGAGGCGGUGAUCCAGCUCGAGACUGCCGUCGGUGCGGCCAUCAAGCACUUCCGCGGUGCCAAGGGUGUCAAUGUGCCCCGUUCGCGUUUCUUGCCCGUCAAGUCGUGCUCGGAUCUGCUGCUCAUCACGUCGGAUCUGUACUCGUUGGAACACGGCAAGCUGGUCAUGAACCCGGGCAGGAUGUUCAGCCAGACGCCCGUUGUCAAGUUGGGCGACACGUUCAAGAAGGUCGCCCAGUUCCAGAAGAGGUUCAAGUCGAUCCCGGAAAUGAUCGAGCUCGACCACCUGACGGUGCAGGGAGACGUUGUCUUUGGCCGCAACAUCACGCUCCGGGGCACCGUCAUCAUUGUCGCCAACGAGGGCAACAAGAUCGAGAUCCCCGAGGGCAGUGUGCUCGAGAACAAGUUGAUUUCGGGCAACCUGGCUAUCAUUGACCACUAG